AUGAGGCAGAUAUUUGCACGAGUUAGGCCAGUUCCGGGUCUCUUAUCUCCUGCCAUCUCGAUCGAUGUCACAAUACUCAACGACACUGGAAGUAACACCUUGACAGUCUUUGAUACGGAUAUAACAGCCUUGGGCAUCCCUCCAACCUACAUGGGAUAUGGCGCUGAUGUCCUAAUAACAACGGCUGGUGGAACACUCAGGCGACGGCAAAUCUCCGUUGAGAUACAGCUACUGGAUUUGCAAGGCAAUGCUGUGUCUGACUGGAUUUUAGAGGCAGGUAUUGUCACACCAGCAACCGCUGGUGCCACUAGACUCUCUGGUGAUGUCAUCAGACAAUCUCUUUACUUCGCAACUGCGCCAGGAAACCAGCAUCUGUAUGUUGCUGAGAAGAAGAAUGGUAUUAUUAAACAGCUUCCAGUCAUUUAG